AUGGAGCGGAGCCUGACGGACAGUGAAGCUGGUUUACCCUACGACGAGGAGUCCAUGGCCAUCAUCCACUUGAACAACACCACGGUCAUGUACCUGAAGGAGGUCACCAAGUUCCUUGCGAUCGUCUGCUUCGUCCGUAAUGAAAGCUUUGAGAGAAAAGGACUGAUCGACUACAACUUCCACUGCUUCAAGAAAGCCAUCCAGGAGGUGUUUGAUGUUCGGGUGAAAGUUCAGCAGAACUGCAAACUUCUCAGUCAGAGGAGGUGGAGCAAGCUGAGUGCAACCAAUGGGUUGUCCAGUAACCCCCAAUAAGGGCCGAGCAUGUCACACCGGACAGACUCCGCCCUUGUUUACAGGAACGCGGGCCGUAUUGUGACACCUGACUGAACAUGUGAUGCUCUGCACGUUGGAGGUUUGAAUGUAUUUUGGUGGAAGAGGUGGGUGGAUUUUAACAUGGCUAUUACUCCACUGUGAUUACAUUCUGUCCGCCGUGCACUUGGGGGUCAUUUUUGUCCCCCACACAUAAUAUUUACUUGUGAGUGUGAAAGGUUGCUUGUCUCCAAUCCAGAGUUUGUCCUGUCUCCCGCAUGAAGUUUGCUGGGAUUGACUCCAGCCCCCCCUGUAUGAAGGACAAGCGGUUCGAAGAUGGAUGGAUGGGUGGAUUUGGUUAAAAUGCGUUCCCCAUUAUUAUUUCAUUCAGGGUUUUUUUCUAUUUUAGGCUUAGUCGAGUGAAUGUAGUUUGUGUUUUUAUUAAGGCCUUAUCAGAUUAACUUGUAAUAAAAGGACUUUAUUUAAA